AUGGCUACUACCAAGCUCACCUGGCUCAUCACUGGCUGUUCCUCUGGCUUUGGCCUUUCUUUGACCCGCGCCGCCCAGGCUGGCGGACACAAGGUCAUUGCGACCUCGCGCAACCCAUUGCGGACACCCGAGCUGGUUGCCGAGAUCGACGGCGAUAUCAUUACCGAACUUGAAAGCCAUGGCGACCAUAUUGACGUCCUGGUCAACAACGCCGGAUAUUCCAUUUACGCCCCCAUCGAGACUGCCAACGAAGAGGAGGUAAGAACCCAGAUGGAAACCAUGUACUUUGGUCCCUUGCGUCUCAUCCAGGCUGUUCUGCCCCAUAUGCGCCAACGAAAGGCCGGCGUGAUAGUCAAUAUGAGCAGUGGUGCUUCGCUUGAUGGAAUUCCCACCAUGGGGGUGUAUGCGGGUGCAAAGGCAGGUCUAGACGCCCUUACCAAGAUCCUCGCUAAGGAAGUUGCCCCAUUCAAUAUCCGCACCCUGACUGUCGUUCUCGGAACCUUCAAUACCAACAUGCCAAACUCGGUGGUUCUGGGCAAGACUCCCCUGCCGGAAGACUACAAGGGAACUUUUACCGAGCAAAUUCAGGGCCUUCUGGUCAGUGGGAAGAUCAAGCCCAACGGUGACAAGGACAAGGCAAUGCAGGCUGUGUACCAGGUCGUUGCUGGCGAAGGAGUUGGCGAAGGCCUUCAAACCGAGAAGCUUCUCCCUCUAGGAAGUGAUAUGACCCCUCGACUCAAAGGAGUUCAGGAAUAUCUCGGCCAUUCUUUGGACGUGUUUGGCUCUGUGACCAACAGCGUGGAUGUCGAUAAAUAA